AUGGCAGCAGCUGGGGCGGGGCCUGGGACUGGAGCUGCCCCAAGGGCGGCUCGUCAAGUCCACGUUGGUCGCUCAGAUGGGCGCCCUUAUUCAGCUCAAGAGAUCAUCUCCAAGAGCAAGACGGCCGCAAAUCAAGUUGGGGACCCCAUUCCCGAGGAGUGGGGCCAGAUCUUGGAUGCUGAGACUCGGAGGAAGAUGGUUCAGUGGAAGGUGGUUAUUGGAACUGGCCUUUCAGAAGAGCUGGCCUGGCCAAAGGAUUCACAAUACCAGCUGGUGUUCCCGGAAAACUACUGCCUGAGAUGGCACAACUCCGCGGGCCCGAAGAGAGAGGCCUGCGUCUACGGUCACCCGCAGGACUGCUCAGAAGAGUUCCUGUAUAAGCACCCCCACGAGUUCAUUCCACAUGUCCUGUGGCUUCUCAGCGAUUCUCAAGACCACAGAGAAUGCCCGUGCCAGCCAUGCCAUGUUGCAACGGGCAGGAAAUGGCCCCAGUCUCUCAAGGCCAAGUAUGAGAAAAAGGCAGCAGCUUUGGCAGCACCCGCUGCCGAGACAAAGCCCAAGAAGACGACUGCCGCCACGACCAAAGCUGCCGCGGCCAAGAAGAAGUCCGCGGCGACCACUCCGGCCUCCCAGACCCCCACUCCAGAGGUCACGAACAAGGUGCUCAAGGAACCCGCGGCGCCUUCGAAGACCACAAAGAAGUCUGCUACCCCCAAGGCGGCGGCAGGGGCAGCAGCGGCAGCAGCAGCGGCAGCAGCAGCGGCAGCAGCACAGGCGCAGCCACAGGCACAGGCACAGGCAUCGGCACCGGUAGCAGUACCCACCCCGUCUGUGCAGCCUACUGCAGCACCUGCCGCACCCGCGGCACCGCAUCCAACCCUCAACAACGAGCCGACCUUGUUCCGCCGUGGAGAGAUGGUGUGGUUCCAGCAGGGGCCGGCAUGGAGGAUCGGGGUCAUCAGACAGGUCGGCCCAGGGCAGAUACCCGGCUAUGUCGUGAUACCCCUUGCACACUCUGUCCUCAACCUCGCCGACGUGCCGAAGCAGCAGCAUGAAAUGCGACCAUUUCUCACCUUCAGCGUGCCAGCCAUCUCGAUUCCUGAUCUGCAGAACAAGACCUUCCCCCAGAUUGACUGGGAAGCCCUGCUGAAAAUGAAUGCCCAACGGCCCGAGUUCAUCGGCCUUGAGGCGUCCAAGAUGGCUGCCCUAGAAAUCGACGGCUCUUGGUCGACAUUCAACCGGCUGAACGCAGGACCCAAGCAACCUCCCAACAAGACUAUGUACGGGGGGGUUUUCCUGGGUGCCGAGAUGAUCCGCCUGGGCGACCCGAUCCGCCACCGGGAGAAGAGUCACGGCAUAAUGGAGGUGACCGAGAUCACGGUGACGACGGCCACCUCGGUUCCCAAUCCGGCUGACCCGGCGAACACAAUGCCGACAGCCACGUACACGCUCAGCUUCCGCGGCAUCGAGUACGAGGCGUCACUGGUGGCCGAGAAGGCGGCGCUCGGGCCGCAGCCGCAGGGCGCCAUCUUCGUCAAGGACAGCGCCUUCCGCACGGCCGCGGCCAAGGCGACGGGCGCCAAGCAGAAGUGCGUGUGGACGAUACAGUCGUGGGACACGGUCUGGGCGGAGCGGGACGUCGGCGGCAGGCUCUACGUCACCAACGAGCUCAUCGGCGUCACGCAGGGCGCCCAGGCCGCCGAGACGGCCGUCACCACGGGCGCCUUCAGCGAGGCGACGGCGUACCUCAACAACCGCAUGCAGAACGCCGCGUCCAAGGACUUUGGGAGGAAGAUCAACCGCCGCACGACUGUCGGGGCCGCGGUCGCACCGGGACAGCCGCUCGUGUUUGGGGAGGGCGUUGUCGAGGAGGGUGUCGACUAG